UCAAACAAGACCUUUGUAUGGAGAAAGAAAAUUGUGUGGGAAUAGAAGCUACCAAUUGUCACCUAAAGUGUAACCAAAAUACUAGCAAUUGUAUUUCUUCCUUGCUUGCGGCUCCUGCUCUUGGAGGAGUCCGCGUCGGGUCUCCAUCGACCGUCGGAGAAGAAAAAGAAGAAUCCACAAAAUGCUUGGAAUUUCAUACGGAGAACUCUUCCUUUUACUUGGAGCCACUGCUGCUCUCAUCGGUCCUAAGGAUCUCCCAAUUAUAGCCAGAACCGCCGGCAAGUUAGCUGGCCGUGCCAUCGGAUACGUUCAAUUGGCUCGCGGCCAAUUCGAUACUAUCAUGCACCAAACUCAAGCUCGCCAGGUGCACAAAGAACUGCAAGAUACAAUUGCUCAACUAGAAGCCAUACGUCAUGAAAUUCGAACCGUCUCUUUCAUGAAUCCUGGUCCAUUGACUCGGAGGCUAGUGGACAAUCUUGACCAAACAUCUGCUGCUAGUGGUAAUAAUGAGCCUGAAAAACCUGACACAGCGAACAGAUCAACCACUCCAGAUGCUAAGAAUUAUGGCUCAACAAACUCGGGAUUUUCUGAUAUGCACAGCCAGGCAACAGCUUAUGCGAAAUUGGCUGAAUCAACAGCUAUAAACUCUGGGUCAGUAGAAAGUAAUGAAGUUAUUAAUGAGCUAACUGAUGAAUCUGGUAUUAUGGUUCUUCCCGUAUCUGCCGAAAGCACCGGAUUACUGCCAGAUCGCAAGGAUAAUGCCGAAGGAUCUGACAUUAUGUUGGAAGCGAUCUUGGAAGCAGAAGUGGCACGUAAUGCGAAAGAUUUUUUUGCGCAGCACCAAAAUCAAAUAAAAUGUGAAUAGAAAGGAAUGACAUUAUGCAAAAUAAUUUGGCAUUCGAGCUCCCACACAUUUCUUCUGCAGUGAAUUGGAAUGGACGUUGCCUGUAAGUGAAGGUUACAAAUUUCAGUCCUUGGAUUAGAAUGGAAAUGAUCAUUAAAAUUUGUUAAGCAUGAGUCGGAUGGGUAUGACUAGAUCCCAUUCACUGCACAUCUAUGAUUUUAUAGGUAACUGACAUACAUUAUCAAACAGGCUGUUACUGACAAUUGAGAUUAAAAGAUGGUUUUGUUGGCGUUCUUUUCAAA